CACACAAAAAACGACACCGUUUGAUCUCUUCCCAAGGUCUUCCUAAAUCCCUUCACUCGCUCACUCUAGAUUUUCAACAGUCAUCACUAAUCAUUUCUGUUAAUGGCGCUAAAAUUAUUUCCAACCCCGUUCCCAAUCUUUGCACCACCGUCUCCGAACCCAUCCCACCGUCCGUCCACCGAGGUCCACUUCUCUCGAUGGUUCAACGCCAAUGCAGACAAAUUCAACCAACGCUACCGCUCCCAACAAGAAAUCGAAGAAGAUAUCAGCCGCCGUCGCCGCUUCACUUCCGCCAACAACAUCGUCACUAAUUACGACCCGAAAAACGCCGCUGAAGUAGAUAUCUCUUUUUUCAAAUCCACUGGCACACCUUCCUCUCCUUCCUCUCCUUCUAUCCCGGGUAAGAAAUCUAAAUACUCCAAACCCUUGAAAAAAACCCACCCAGCUUUUCUUCCCAAAAUUACCAGAGUGCCCCUACCGCGAAACAACGCCAAACCCCCCAUUGACAGGAAAGCAGACAUCAAGCUAAGCGAAGACGGCGUCUCCUAUGUAAUAGACGGCGCACCGUUCGAGUUCAAGUACAGCUACACGGAGACGCCGAAGGUGAAGCCGUUGAAACUAAGGGAGGCGCCGUAUGCGCCGUUUGGGCCCAUCACGAUGCCAAGGCCUUGGACUGGGCGUGCCCCGUUGCCGCCCAGCAAAAAGAAGCUGAGAGAGUUUGAUUCGUUUGUUUUGCCCCCUCCGGAUAAGAAGGGAGUCAAGCCGGUUCAGGCACCGGGUCCCUUUUUGCCCGGGGCGGGCCCUAGGUACGCAAAGACUAGAGAGGAGAUAUUAGGUGAUCCUUUGACACAAGAGGAGAUUCAAGAGUUGGUUGAUGGAUGCUUGAAAGCGAAGCGACAAUUGAAUAUGGGGAGAGAUGGUUUGACGCAUAACAUGUUGGAUAAUAUACAUGCGCAUUGGAAGCGGAGGAGAGUGUGUAAAAUCAAAUGCAAAGGAGUAUGUACUGUGGAUAUGGACAAUGUGUGUCAGCAAUUAGAGGAAAGGACUGGAGGGAAGAUCAUUUACAGAAAGGGAGGGGUGUUGUAUCUUUUCCGAGGAAGAAACUACAACUAUCGAUUUCGACCCCGCUUUCCUCUUAUGUUGUGGAAACCUGUUACGCCUGUUUAUCCAAGGUUGAUUCAACGAGCUCCGGAGGGUCUAACAUUGCAAGAAGCAUCUGGGAUGCGGAAUAAAGGGCGGAAACUGAUACCAAUAUGUAAACUAGGGAAAAAUGGUGUGUACCGUGAUUUAGUGAGAAAUGUCAGAGAGGCGUUUGAAGAGUGUGAAUUGGUCCGAAUAAAUUGUCAAGGGAUGAAUGGAAGUGAUUUUAGGAAAAUUGGAGCCAAACUCAGGGACCUUGUCCCAUGUGUGCUGAUCUCAUUUGAAUGCGAGCACAUCCUCAUGUGGAGGGGAAGAGAUUGGAAGUCCUCCUUCACAAAACCAGUAAAUGAUGGUGAUGAAGCUAAGAAUUCUAGCAUUGACGGUGCAACUUCUGCCACACCACUUUUGGAGGGCCUACAAAAUGAAACUUUCUCAGUAAAGGAUGCCAGCACACUGAAUUUAAAAACGUCCAGGAUGGAUGCUGAAGAUCAAGGAGAGGAUCUAUCCCAAAAGGACAUAGAUGAGACAUUUGCAGCUAAGAUUUUUAUUUCAACCUCAACAGAAAUCUAUGAAAGUAAAACCACACCAGAUAAUGAUGACAGUUCUGCUGUUACCAAGUCUGAAGCCAUGAGAAUUGCAAGUGGCAGUGAAGUAAUAUUGGAUGAUAGAGGGUAUAUUGAUGAAAUGCUAAUUACCACGUCGGUGGAAUCUGAUACCACACUGGAAAGAAUUGGGAACAUGGAAAAGCUCCAAAAUGUUUCAGAAGGUUCCCAUGUUAGUGAACUGGCAAAAUUGAAUGAAUCUUAUACGCAGGGAGUUUUAGAAUUGUUGAAACAAGCUGUUGAGAUUGGGAGUGCAGUUGUCCUAGAUGCAAAUUUGGAUGCUGAUGCGGUUUACCAAAAGGCAGUUGCCUUUGCACAGUCUGCUCCUCCUGGUCCUGUUUUUAGGCGCCAACCCAGGAACACAGUGGUUCAAAAGAGCGAGAUGCAAGAAAACGGGGAAUUGGAAGUUAAACAAGUCACAAGCUUUUCCAAGAUGGGAGGAGGUAGCGAGAGGAAGAGUUCUAAGGUUAGAAGAAAAUAUUUCAAUGAACAAUAUGUAGAUUCUGUACCACAAGGAAGCCUAAGAGUGGAUGAACUUGCUAAACUGUUGGCAUGAUAUCUAGCAUAACUUUAUAAAUCCUUGUAGUUAUAAUUGGCUUACUUGCUAA